AAUUUCUAUUUUAUCACGGACACGAAAUGACUAUUAAACACAUCAGCCCUACUGCAUCCUUUGCUAAGCUCAUAAAGACGGUUCGCUUUAUUUCCAGCUUGGUCGGCGCGGAUGUCUCCACGGAGAAUUAUCAAGUCAACAUCAUCACCAUUAUUGUGAUAGUCUGCAUUAUCAUUUACUUCAUCUUCACCGCAACCACGGUGGCCAGUGUCUUUUCGGAGAACUGGACAUAUCUACUGGAGGCAUCAUGUAUGGUGGGCAGCGUAUUGCAAGGCAUCACAAAACUCAUUUCGGGCAUCAGCAAAACCAAUCAAGUCUCCGGCAUGCGCUUGGAAUUGGAAGAACUUUAUCGUGUAUAUGAGUCCAAAGGAGAGUCAUAUUGUAAGGUAAUGAAUGCGUGUUGCGACCGUGUGUGGCAGGUCAUAAAAAUGGUGGGACUUAUUUAUGGUGCGGCGAUUGUUGGAAAUCUACUUCUUACAAGCUUUAUGGUGUUCUUUGCAAAUCAGAAAGUAUAUAUUAUGCACUUCUUCAUACCCGGCGUGGACGUUGAGACGUCUUUCGGUUAUCUAUUGACAACAGCUUUGCAUUCGUUGUGUUUUCUCGCUGGCGCUUUUGGCCUCUUUGGAGGUGAUUUGUUUUUUCUAAUUUAUCUGGGGCAACCCGAGUUGUUUCGCGACAUUUUGAUAUUGAAAGUGCACGAACUUAACGAAGCGGCCGCCCAAAAGGACAAUAAAACUGAAAGCCUAUUAAUUAGUAUUAUUGAAUGGCAUCAAUACUACACGGAUUACAAUGAACGCUGUAAUGAGUUAUUCUAUUACAUAAUCACUAUGCAAAUUCUGACAUCGGGCGUAUCAAUCGUCUUCACUAUGUACAUCAUACUAAUGGGCGACUGGCCGGGAGCGUAUUUGUACAUUUUGAUAGCAUUAAGUGGCCUCUACCUGUACUGCAUUAUUGGCACGAAUAUACAAACGUGUAACGAGACAUUCUUUGAGGAACUUUACAACAUAAAUUGGUACGAAUUGGAUGUGAAGGGGCGCAAAAUGAUGAUACUAGUUUUAAUGAAAUCACAAAAUCCAAGCGAGAUCAAAAUUGGAGGCGUCCUGCCACUCUCCGUUCAAACUGCACUUCAAAUAACAAAAACAAUUUAUGGCAUUUUCACUAUGAUGUUGGGAUUUUUGGAUGAAGAACAGUGAACAGAUAUCGCAAUCACAAUAAGUACAAGUUGUUUAAACAAUAUAUAUUCACGAGUAGACUACACUUUAUUUGAAUUAGUUGUACUAUCAUAAAAAAAUAAAAUUUAUUCCACUAUCGUU